AUGGAUGCUGCAUACAUCAUUGUCAACCAUUUUCAGUUAUUAUUUUGUCGCCUUCUAUUAUUACUAACUUUCUUCACCAAUUAUUUAUUUCAACAAAUUGUUAUUGGUAAAUUUCGUUUUGCAUAUAUUAGUGUUACAACAGAACCAAAAAUACGUCAAAUUGAACCGUGGCAGAAUGAGCUACUAGCAAAUAUUUGUGGCAAAAUAUGUCUUUCAUUCAAAUUUUUUUAUUUUUUAAAAAUUUUUAUUUUGUAA